CGGCCCGGCUUGUCGCCGUGGCAGCCGCGGUGCGGAGCGGAGCGGCGCUGCCGGCCGGGCGCUCGCCGGGCAGCGGCAGCGGGGACACUAUGGCCCGCGACGCUCUGCGGCAGGCCGGGCUGCACUUCGACGAGCUCAACAAGCUCCGCGUGCUGGAGCCCGGUGUGGCCGAGCAGACGGCGCAGCUCCGCGAGGAGUGCGGCGCCUUCGUGGACAAAGUAGUAGAAUUUCAAAAAAUAGUGGGUAGCUUAAUUGAACUUGUUGAUCAACUAGCAAAAGCUGCUGAAAGUGAGAAGAUGAAGGCCAUUGGUGCACGAAAUUUGCUGAAGUCUAUAGCAAAGCAAAGAGAAGCUCAGGAACAGCAACUUCAGGCUUUAAUAGCUGAGAAAAAGAUGCAGUUAGAAAGAUACCGAAUAGAGUAUGAUACUCUGUGUAAAAUAGAAGCUGACCAGCACGAAUUUAUUGACCAAUUCAUUUUUCAGAAAUAGAGGGUUUCAAGAUAAAACAACAUAUUGACCUGGAAACAUGAACAUUCUAGGAUUCUGAGGCUUUCAAAAAUAUGCAAUUUUUCAUUGUGUAUGAAUGGAUGGCUUGUAUAAAUGAAAAUGUUUUUUAAUGCAAUAUGAAUUUACACUAAAAGUGGCAAUAAGGAGAGCUUUCUAACAGAUGUAAAUAAAAACAGUUUUGUCCUUUAAUUUUGUAAAACUUUUGUACAGUCAGUAGUUCUAAUUCAGAUUAUAAUUGAGUUAACACUAUUGCUGCUAUGUUAUGUCUCUCACUUUUUUGAGGUGUACAGCUCUGUUGAAGAAAUCAGGAAAUAAAUUAUUGUUUUCAGACCUUCUGGAUAUACCAAAA